UUACUUUUUGUAUUCUCGCAUGAACAUUAGUCUACACGGAAUCACUGAUCAGGAUUUUCUCAAGAUGGGUUGGUGCGGAAAGCUUCUCUUCGUGUUAGUGUCAUGUUCUGUAGCUUUUGUCUAUCAGCAAUAUCAUCAGGCAACAAAGCCAUUUCCCAUUCCUGAACUGAAAUUGCAAAAAUAUUGGGGCGCGGGAACGCCCAAACCUGAUAAUACAAAAAUCGACAAGUUUGUCGUGGAUUUCAAACAAGCGGAUGUUGACAAGUUGAAAUCGAAGCUGAGCGAUACGAGUUAUCUGUCAAAACCUUUGGAAGAUGCUAAAUUUCAUUAUGGCUUCAAUUCGAACAAAUUGAAAUCUGUUGUCAGCUAUUGGAAGGACACUUAUUUGACCAAAUGGGAUCAACGUCAAGCACAUUUGAAUAAAUUCCCGCAGUUUAUGACACAAAUUCAAGGAUUGAACAUCCAUUUCAUUCAUGUAGUGCCAAAAGUUACCAAAAAUGUCAAAGUUUAUCCGAUUCUUUUACUUCAUGGAUGGCCUGGAUCUGUUGUUGAAUUUUAUGACUUGAUUCCAUUGCUAACUGCCGAAUCGAAGGACAAAGAUUACGUUUUUGAAGUAAUUGCUCCGUCUCUUCCGGGCUAUGGCUUUUCCGAAGCUGCUUCUAAACAAGGAUUAAACUAUGCUGAGAUGGCAAUUAUCUUCCGUAACUUGAUGGCUCGUCUCGGAAAGUCUCGUUACUUCAUUCAAGGAGGCGAUUGGGGAUCUGCUAUUGGAACAACAAUGGCUUCUUACUUCCCGAAUGAGAUUCUCGGGUAUCAUAGCAACAUGUGUGCCGUCAAUACUCCAAUUGCGAAUGUAAAAACCUUCAUUUCGUCGUUCUAUCCGAAAUAUUUUGUCGAAAAAGAAGAACAUGUCAAAUUUUAUUAUCCAAUUUUGCCAAAUUUGGUUGAAUUGUUGGUUGAAUCCGGUUAUAUGCAUAUUCAAGCGACGAAACCUGAUACGGUUGGAACAGCUCUCGCGGGAAAUCCUGUUGGAUUGGCGGCUUAUAUCAUGGAAAAGUUCUCUACGUGGACCAAUAAAGCUUAUCGUGACUUGGAAGAUGGCGGUUUGGAGAAAUAUUUCACCAUGGAUGCCCUUCUUGAUAACAUUAUGUUAUAUUAUAUCCCUAAUUCCAUUCUCACUUCGCAACGUUUGUACAAAGAAAGUUUCUCCAAUCCUGAAGUUUUUAAGAAUGAUCGCAUUCCUGUCACUGUUCCUGUUGCUUGUGCCAAAUAUCGUCACGAAUUGCUCAACCAAAUCGAUUGGAUCUUGAAGGAUAAGUUCACGAACUUGGUUCAAACAUCACAUUUCCCCGACGGAGGACAUUUCGCUGCGAUGCAAUUGCCAAAGGUCAUGUACAAAGACAUCGUCGACUUUGUCAACAAAGUUCAGAAGAAAUAAAUUAAAAAUUUCUCUCGGGUCACGCUCACAUCUCGC